UCGCAUACAGUGGGAGCGUUGUUAACGAGUCUCUCCAAGUGUGUUGAAAUCUAAUGUGUAGGCUCGCGCUUGUGUAGUACUUUAAGAGUUAACUGAAGUUUCUAGAUUCACAAGAGGUUUUACAGCAAGACGGGAUCUUUGCAGCAAUAUGCCUCUCUGAACAUGCUUUUGGAGUUGUAAGCGCGUUUGAGACCCAGGAAGAGGUUUUUAAGGUACGCCAGCAGCUGCCAGCUUGGCGAGGGCAGCAUUUCCUGGCUUGAAUGCGACCCGAUUGCAGCUGGAGCAUGUCCACUGCAGGCUUGACUGCCCAGGAGAUCUGUUUACCCACGGAAAGCCCUUUCCUGCCGGGCAGUCAUUGCCAUAGCAUGGCCGGAACUAAGCCCUCCUGGAAAUACCGCCAUGACCUAGACAACUUGUACCUCAGCUUCGAUACGUCUUUGGACUAUAGCCUCCAAUCACAACAACAGGUUCCGUCAUUCUUGGGAGUAGAAAGACAGACAGCUCACCCUCACUCACCUCAUAGUCCUGGAGCUCAGCGAUUGCCCCCUAAGAAAUCAAGACCUUCUCAGCUCUGCUUGUCCUCUAGUGCUGAGCCCUUCACUCCCAGUCCUGUUGAAGAUGAUCAAGUGGUCCCUUGCUUCCAGCGUUUGUCCGUGCACGACCACAGCAGCCCCCCUCACACACCUAGCCGUGUAGCGAAGCCACUACCACCUAUUCCUGGCUCUGUUGACCUGUCCCCAGACCAGGCCAUGGACAAUGAGGUGGAGUUCUUCACUGGCGAUGACAGUCGCCGCCUUGUCCCCGAACCUUGCUCCAAAACCUCUCCCUUUCGCUCGGGAGUGCCAAGUCGGAGGAGUUUCAGAAACUGUGGACAAAUCAACUAUGCAUACUAUGAUGGACCAUUGUGCCAGCAGAAACAGCACCAACAGAAAAGGCAGGAACAUGAGCUACACCAGCACCAGCAUCAGCAGAGGGAGCAGGAGCGCCAAGAGAAGGAACAGGUGGUCUGUCAAAGGCAGCAGGACCGUACCCAAAGAAAAUUGCGUCGUUCUCACUCUGGUCCAGCUGGCUCCUUUAAUAAGCCCACUUCCCUUCGUCUGUCCUGCCACCAUCGAAAUGCACAGGUCUUUGAUAAACCAGAAGUCCCUCCUCGAAUUCCCAUCCCUCCACGGCCAGCUAAAACUGCAGACUAUCGCCGCUGGUCAGCUGAAGUAUCCUCUGGGGCUUAUAGUGAUGAGGACAGACCUCCCAAAGUGCCUCCAAGAGAGCCCCUAUCAAGUGGCAGCUCCCGAACCCCCAGCCCCAAGAGUCUCCCCUCAUACCUCAAUGGGGUCAUGCCCCCCACACAAAGCUUUGCACCAGACCCCAAGUAUGUGAGCCGGGGUCUACAGCGACAGAACAGUGAAGGCUCCCCCUGCAUACUACCUGUCAUGGAGAAUGGCAGGAAAGCCAGCAACACACACUACUUUCUGCUCCCGCAGCGCCCAGCUUACCUGGAUAAACAUGAGAAGUAUUUCACAGACAGUACGGCCAAGCAUGGCAAUGAGGCCUCGGGCACAGACUGGGACUGUCAUAGCAAGAGAAAACCUCACAUAGACCUGGUGUGAGGUGGUGAGCUGGAACACAUAGAACAUGAACAGUGGCCCAUUGUAUAGGUACAUAAUCACUUGGCAGAUAUUGCCCAAGGGCCUAGAAGGUUUUACUGCUGCUCUAAAGCAGAUGCUUUUGUUACCCUAAUAUUUGAAAAAUUAGGGUAAGUUACAUACCAAUCACAGUUACUGGGAUUUUUGUUCUCUAAAUGGAAACAGUUCUAAUCUCAUUGAUAACCCGAUGUGCUAUUUCACUGGCACUCUUAACUAUGGAUAAUGAUGCUUCAGAAUGAUUAUUUUUAUAUGAUUUACUUUUUCAUUAUUAUGAAACAAGUAAGUGUUUUUACUAUACUGUGGUGCAGUUGUUCGGUAUGAGCUGGUCUGGUACCUCAUUUUCAGUGUUUAUUUGCAGAUAGUGUGUUCGUAAAAGCUGUUGUUAUUGGUAACAUUUUGUAUUCCAUUGAAUUUUAAAUUGUCGCUUCUAUGUCAGUGCUUUAGAUAUUGCUUUAGUGUGUCUCAAAAUUAGGGACAGAGGGUCAGUAAAGCAGUUAUGUCUAUUAUUGUGUAUUUUAUGUGAAGUAUCUAUACAAAAAAGGCUAAGAUAUUUUAAUACCAUAAUGAAGGAUAUUCCAUAUGUAUUUUCACCUAAAUUCAUACAUGUAUAUACAGGCAUGAAGUAGAAAAUACAGAUUCUUUAAAUUUAUGCAUAUUCAUCUGCUUUGAUUUGCCUGGAAACUGGGUGUGUGUUUGUGCCUGUGCAUAAAUGUGUGUGCGUGGAAGUGUGUGAGCAAGUUAGUGUAUCCCGUUUAAAAAGUACAUCCCUGGUUCAUAUGCUUCUGUGUUGGUGUGCGUGUUGCAUGUCUUCUUUGUUCAGAGUAUUGUUUCCUGUAUUGUUAAUUUCUUAUGGGUAAAUCUGCAAAGCUGUAGGAAAUUAGCUUAACAUGUUACCGUGCCCCAUCUUUUUUUUUAAACACUUUUCUAUAUUCAGGCUUAAAAUUUAAUCAUGUCCCAGUUCCGAUCUGUGUAUGCCUUCUUGCAACAUGGCUUUUUGUUGCAUGACGGGCAACUUAUUUAAAACCUGUGAAUGUGCACUUUUCUCACUUUUUAGCUGUUAGUUAUUUGACUAACUCUGCUCAAUCAAGCUGUGAGUAUGGGAUGUAAUUGCCUCCAAUACUACCUCCCAUGAUAGUAAUAACACUUUUACAUUACAUAUCCCAAUGAUAUUAAAGAAGGUGUUUAUAAUCUGAAACAGCAGUAAUGUAUUUUAACAACUGUACAAACUGACUGAUGGUAUUCAGAUGAAACAAUGCUAGCUUUGAAAUGGUCAGUCUUUUAUGAUACAUAAACUCUUUCACAUUACAAUGUAUAUUUCCUUAAAUCUUUUUUUUUUUUUUAACUAGUCAAUCUGUUGUGGAGUCCAAGUGUUGUACAUUUGACUGACCUGACGCAAACAGACUUUCCUGUUCUGUACAUGCAUUCCUGUCAGACAUGAUUGCAGUGGGUGUGGGCCAAGAGACUUUGGCUGCUGGCAGCGAAAAAAUCAGAUUUGUUUUAUCGUUAUAUAUUAUAUGAGAACUGUUGUGCUUACAAAGUAAAUGUAGCAAGUGCAUCACAAUAACCCUGAAAAAUUAAACAUGGUGUUUUGAUUGGAGAUCAGAUAAGCUCUGAGGUCAAUAAGUCAUUGAAGUACAUAUUUUCCACUUUUAAACAAGAGAGGAAAUGAUGUCAGCUGAUGCCAUGUUUUUUUCUGUUGUCAUAUAUAUGAAAUUGUUUACAUUGUACGUUGUAUUAUUUAAUCUUGACUUAUUUCUAUGUCUUAUGUGAGAAAAUGAAGGCAAGUUCAAUAAUAAUAAUAGACAUUCUCUGCUGUGGUAAAGAAGCAAGUGCACUGAGAAGACAGUAUGUUGUAUAAAGUAUUUAACAAAAUUCUCAUACUCACAAUGUGUAAGUACUAUGUGUAGUAUAGUCUCUAAAGAAAAAAAAAUAAACAGACUUAUUUAUGAAUCAG